AAUGUGUUAUAAGAGUAGCGUGGCCCCUUUAAGGGAUAGAGCUGUGUGCAUGUGCAGCCGUAACGUGUGAGUGGUAGAGCGAGAGAGAGAGAGCGCGGAGGUUUUGGAGCGAGUGCCUUGGUGAAAGACAACAGCAAGAGCGUUAACAGUGAAUGUACAGUUUGUUGGCAAAUAAAGGCUGUCACAGUUAAAGGACAAGCGGAGCCGUCGUGUGAGUUGUUCACCACCUGCUGCAUAUAAAGUAAAGGGGGUUAGCCCCGAAGUUAGAGCCAACUUCGGCCCUGGAGGAAACUCUCCCCUGUGCUUUCCGACUACGGUCUGGGAGUAGAACAGGAAAGGUUAACAAAUGUUUAUUUACAUGUCUUUAUUGUGUGGGAAAAAAACACUGUCAUUAUAUUUUUCAUCUCUGCACCCCCUAGCGGCAGCACCACACUUUGGGAAACCCUGUACCAGAGCAUUCUCUAAAGAUGUCCUGUGAAGCAAUUAACUGUGAAGAGCAGGUUGAUUGAUACUGAAACCUAUGUUUGAAAAUUGAUUGAUGGUUUAGCUUGCAAAACAUUACCGCAAUAGAUUUUUUUUGCCAAAUCAAACCGUUUUUAAACUAGGCAAUCAAUGUCAAUUACUGUAUAUCCACCUUUACUGCUUAAAAAGUCAUUGCUCUUAUUAGAAGCCUUGGACUGAUCAAUCUUUCAUUCAAAGAGCAUUCUUUAAAUAAUAAUCUACAUUAUAUUGGAAAACAACUGCUUGUAUCUGCUUGAACCAGCAGGCAUUCCUACUAUCUGACAGAUGAUGGGAUUGUGAAAUGAGUUUUCAAAGGUGAAUGAAUUCAGAUUAGCGGGGUGCAUGCAAAACACUACCAUGGGCUCCUUCCAUCCAUUUUUUCUGUAGUGUUCUUAAAAAGGUUUUCUUAUGGCAUGAAUGUAAUUUAGUCUUGCUCAGUGCUACAAGUACAUCUUGUCUGGAAAUUAAUAGAAAACAUGAGAAAAUCAAAAUAAUUUGUUUUGUCAUUUGUUUCAGAGCAACAAGGUCUUAGUUGACCUUAUCUAAGCUGUGGACGUUUGCAGUUUCUGAAACCAUUGUCAUUGGGGACCUGAAAUAUUGUGUUACUUGAUGUUAGAAAUCUUUGAAAUGGCAAAAGAUUGCAAGUGUCCAAGCCACAAGGUCUGACAUUGUAAAGACAGGAAACCCCAAGUCCACACCAAAGCAUAUAUGGACAGAAAGUGGGAAAGAAAUGUCCAUCAGUAGGCUCUUGACACAGACUCUACAUGGAAACAAGAAUAAUACUGCUUUGGACCUUCACUAUAACACCCCAGAACCCUACUCAGAUCAAGACCUAUGGGACUGGCUGAGAAACUCCACAGACCUACAGGACUCGAGGCCUCGAGCUAAACGACGGCCCAUGGUUAAGACAGGCAAGUUCAAGAAGAUGUUUGGCUGGGGAGACUUUCACUCCAACAUAAAGACUGUGAAACUCAAUCUGCUUAUCACUGGGAAAAUUGUGGAUCAUGGCAAUGGUACCUUCAGUGUGUACUUUCGCCACAACUCAACUGGCCAAGGCAACGUAUCUGUCAGCUUGGUCCCACCAACUAAGAUAGUGGAGUUUGAUGUGGCAGCACAGCAGUCAGUCAUUGAUGCCAAGGACUCAAAGUCUUUCAACUGCCGAAUAGAAUACGAGAAGGUGGAAAAGGGUGCAAAGAAUACGCUCUGCAACUUCGAUCCAUCUAAGACCUGCUACCAGGAGCAAACCCAGAGCCAUGUUUCCUGGCUAUGCUCCAAACCUUUCAAAGUUAUCUGUAUCUUCAUUUCCUUCUACAGCACUGACUACAAACUGGUGCAGAAAGUGUGCCCAGACUACAACUACCACAGUGACACUCCCUACUUCCCCUCUGGCUGAUAUUCCAUAUGCAGCACAGUCAACUCAAUAGAUGAUUGAAACACAAACUGGGGAUUCCUUCAAUUCCAGAGAAAUGUGUAUGUUAGCCAUAAUGUCAAUGACAUGUUUCACCAUUCAGCCAUCCCAAAUAUUGUUUUUUCUUCAUUAUUCAAAUUCUUUAGAAGAAGGAGAAUGCAUUUUAAAUAUUUCAAAUCUAGAUUUAUAGAACUGUAAGAUGCUUAAAUUGUACUUGGGAAAACUGUGGAAAAACUAUGAUUGUUCUCUUUUAGAAUUUUGUCUUUGAAUUUCUCUCUGCCUGGGUUAGAAUGGAGAAGAAUCUUUGCCCAGAUGGGGUUGUAAUUGUCACUGAUAAACCUAAUCCUACUCAUUCACUUUAUUUAUUAACUCCAGUUAGAUCAGAUUUUGAUGUUUGCUUUUUUUAUUUUUCAUACACAAUGCAUUAACUCUCUGACCAACAUGAUCUGGAAUUAUUGCCUCUGCUGCACACUUUUAAGCUCCUGUUUACAGAGCCCCCUAUGGGAUAUGGGAAUAUUUUUUUUAUUUUGCGUUCCCUCGCAAAAGUAUUGCAUUCUCUCGCAAUACUUGUGCAUUCCCACGCAAUAGGUUUUGCAUUCUCUUACAAUAAUCUAGUAGACGGUAGAUAUGGUAUAUUGAAUACUAAAUGUCUUUCUGCUACAAUAUAUGGUUAAAUACAUUUAAAGAGCCUCAGUGAAAACAUGUUUAUACAGUCUUAACUCUUUGGUGCAGAAAACUGAUUGGAAAUCGAUCUAUUAACUGCAUGUUCAUGUUUGUUUGUGUAAGGUUAUGAUGGGACUGCGAAUGAAAAUGGCCCUUUGUUAGUCAGACUACCAACACAAAAAAGACACAAUCAAAACUGUCAGAUGACUUUAUUACCCCGUGAAAAUAACUCAAAAAUAGUCCAACUAAUUUAAAUGUAUUUUUUCUUUCUUUACAUUUUACGGAAAGUUUAUGUUGCUAGGGAUCACAAAAGUAUUGCAAGGGAAUACAGUGCUUUUGUGAGGUAACGAAAAAUAAAAUAAAAAUGCCCAUGUCCCCUAGGGGGCUCAGUACCUAUUUGCUCUUGCAUAACUGGAAAGUGAAAUUAAUUAAGACAUUCAAAAACAAUGAAAGAUAAUCGGCUGUUGUGUUUACAGACACUGCAAAGCAGUUGAUGAUAAAUGUGAAUUUGGUGCUUUUAGAAACUUAAGGCGGUCUUUCCUGCAAACAGGGUGAACUUGGACUGAGCGGGCACCUUCCUGUAAGUCCUGUCUGAAUUGUAUACAAAAGUGUCAAUCCUCAGUUGUCAUCAGUAUGUUCUUAGGUGAAGCCAGAAUGUUGUAUUUGGUGAAUGACUGGUUGACUAACAUAAUGUUUGAUUGUCUGACGGAAAGAUCAUUGGGGGAGGGCUUCCUCUUUCUGAAUUAUAUCAAAUGUAAUGUACUGAAUUCUAUAUCUUAGAGCCUAAGUUGUAUGAAUGAUUUGUACUGUACAUAAUUUAUCCAAAUUAUGCUGCUUCUGUACAUGUCUCAACAUGAGCUGUGUGUUUACCCCCCCCCCCUGCUCUUGUUCACCUCAAUUUUAAUGCUUGUUCUUUGUUCCUCUAUCAAAUAAAAUGAUGUUGAUGCCCUAAAUGUGAAUUUCAUGAAAACAGCAAUUCUGUACACUAGUUGUAAAACUGACUAAAUAUAUUAAAACUAUUCAGAGAAA